GCGCGCGUCACCCGAGAGCUUCUUUAAAGGACCUGAGUGCGCCGUCAUGGCUCAAUAUUCAGGACCGAAGCUAUAUCAGAUUAUGAAAACACUGUCUCCUGUUGAAACAAUGGCUACCAAUGAUCCUUUGCCUCCAGGAUGGGAGAUUAAAAUUGACCCUCAGACCGGAUGGCCGUUUUUCGUGGAUCACAACAAUCGCAUCACUACGUGGAACGACCCCCGGCACGACAGCAAGCGGGGCACUCAGCUCUCACCCAAUGGGCCCUGUGCAUCUACAGAAUCAUCUCCUCAGGAAAUGCACAAAGUUUUCUUUUCAGAGAUGAAACAGCCAACCCUACGUCAGGGCUAUAUACCCAUCCCAGUCUCCCAUGAAAAUAUCGAACCCAGGCAACAACAGUAUUCACCGUUUUCUUAUAUGUAUCCACAAAAUCAACAAAACCUAAGAGCAGAUGGCCGGACACCAUCCCCGACUCCCACACUGCACUGUCGACCAAGAUCUCCAGUACAGGCCACGUCAGAGCCCGAUUCACACUGCCUGUCCUGUUCACCUUCUUCUCAUGGACCUGAGGUUCACCAUGUGCACCAAUCACCACAGGGGACACAGGCCCAUACCAACUCACAUCAUCAACCUUCCAGACAGAGCAACACUGGCCUCCGGGCAGGAUAUAUUCCCAUUACUGUCAUUCAUGAGGGGACUGGAGGUAGCCCACAAACCCAAAAUGUCCAUCCUAAGCGCUUCUGGCAAACUGAAUACCAACCGUCACUUCACAGCCACCAACCAGAAGAGUGGAGCCCUAGCCCUGCAUUUUCCACAAGAGAAAAAGCCCCAACCUACCGCGAACAAGUGCCAAUCCAGCUUGAGCAGAAUCGUUCAGCUAGUCCCAUUUUAAUGACUAAUGUGAGGGCUCAGGAGCCAGUCAGAGCACAGCUCAUGAGUGAGAGGCCACAGGUCCAGCAGCAUGUUGUACAUACAGAGAUUCCUUCUAAAACUGAGCAUCCUGUUCAACAUCGUACCAGCCACCCCAUUGAGAUUCCUAUUCAGAGAGUGGCCGAACCACAGCCCCCUCUCCCACAUCCCACAUCACCAUUGACACCGUAUCCCAUACAAGAACCUGAACUCGAACAUAUACAGACCCCCAGACAACAGCCUGUGCCACAGCCUGUGCCACAGCCUGUGCCACAGCCUGUGCCACAGCCUGUGCCACAGCCUGUGCCACAGCCUGUGCCACAGCCUGUGCAGUCCCCCAUACAACAGCCUGUGCUACAAUCUGAACAAGUGCCAGAGGUUGCUAAUGUAGGUUCAAUGCAGGUUCCAGUGGCACCUGAACCCCAGGAACCAGCAUCUCCACAACCAGAAGUUCAACCUGAGGAGAAAAUGGAGCCCAGCUCAAGUCACCCAGGACUGGCAAAGGUAGAGCAAAUCUUGGAUCGGGUUGAGAAAUUGUCCCAGGAGGUGAAAGGAUUUAAUGGCAAAAAGAAUGAUAAAAGAUAUCUGACACUAGAGGAAUUUUUGACCAAAGAACUGUUGGCUCUGGACUCAGUUGAUCCCGAGGGACGUAUAGAUGUGCGUCAGGCCCGACGUGAUGGUGUCCGCAGAGUACAAACCAUUCUUGAAGAACUGGAGGUGCGGGGUGAGCAAUUAGAAGCACAGGUGAAAAAAAGCACUGAAGCUGAAAAAGGAGAGCCUAUUUUGUUCAGCCAGGCAGACACUGAGAGAGCCAAGGAGAUAUCAUGACUGUAAACCAAAGCUUUAGUGUGAAAGAGACACCAGUCACAUCUCCUCAGUCUGUUAUUGGUUGCAUGCACAAUUAAUUUAAUUGUUCCUUUGGCUGACAUUUAAUAUGUAAUUUGUUUGCUGAGUGCAGUUAUGCGUGCUGUUAUGUGAUGGCGCUCUUGUGGAUUUUUACUGUACAAGUGUAUUGUAGCAGGACCAUAGUGGUGACCUUGUGGUGGCCUUGAGUUUCAUCCUGAAACUCAGUCUCAAAAAAGAGGCCUUUAUUCAAAUGAAUGUGCUUUAUUUUUGCUUUUACUUAGGAUAAGUACCCAAUGUUUGCCUUUAGUGUUUUCCAUGAAGGAUGAAAAGCUUUUGAAAUUCCAAUAAGAAUACCAAAUUUUUCUUAGAAGGACACUAAUUUUGUUAACUGAUUUUAUAACAGCACACGAAAAACAGCCAAUUAACAAGUAUUAAAAGGGUCAACUCCUUAUAUAUAUCGAUUCUUUACAUUUCAAAAGCAAAGACUGAUUCAGAUUAGCUGUGUUUUGACUAUAAUGUUGUGAUCAUUAUACUUGUCAACAUUAGUAUUAAUGGUUGAAUGAUAUAGACAACAGUGUUAUAUUUAUAUUCUAUUUUUGUGCCAAAACAAACAUUUUUACAUAUUUUCCAGUGGUAAAAAUGUCCUCCAUCUCCACAUAAGUGUAUUCUCUUAAAACACGAAAUAUACAUGAAUAAUAAAAGACCUGAAAUAUACACUGUGUACCCUUUCUCAUGUGACUUCUGUGAGGCUCUGUGAGCACUAAAUGACUGUGAUAUAAAGGAGCAGUGUACUGUUACAAUGGGUUGCAAAGUGAGAUAUAUUUGAUACAUUCAUACUCCUACAGAUUUUAAAGGUAAAUCAAAAUGACUGCAAUACAAAUGUAUAGAGCAAAUGUUACUUAUAUCACUUUACUUUGAAAGUAUAUUCUAUAAAAAUAAUAAAGGAAAUUGGAAUAGA